AGAAAAUCACGUCUGAUGAUGAAUGAAUGGAUGGAGACGGAGGGAAGUGAGUGAGACUCAGUCAAGCGUUGCUUUAUUUUUGCUUGGCUGUGUUGCUACCUGGACCCUCUCCCUCUCUAUGAGACUAUGACUAUGUCUAUCCAUCUAUAACCCAAAAACAGAAAGAAAAAAAAAAAUGGCGGCAGCAUUCUGUUCUUCUUGUUGCGUUGUAAUUCCGUGUUCGUGGUCGUCAAGAAGAUUGCUGCAUUCUUCUGCUCAUCCACUCCCACUUAAUUGCAGAAAUGGAAAGAGGAGGACGAGGAGGAGCAAGAGCAAGAGCCAUUUCUCAAAUACUCCAACAACUCCUCCUCCAAGUCCAAGAAAACUGCUUACCAAAUGCCUCCCGCAGUCGCAGAAAGAAUCUCAACUUCAACCCUCUGAGUCUGAGACCGAGACGGAAUUCGAGUUUGACAGGCUGUUUUCCAAUCUCAACCAAGCCACCUUGAAGAGAGAAGCUGGAAGUCUACCCAGCGCCAUUUUCCUCGUCGCAGGGACUACGAUCGGUGCUGGGAUCCUUGCAAUCCCUGCAGUGACGCAAGAAUCCGGAUUUCUGGCCUCUGCAAUCACCUGCGUACUCUGUUGGAUUUACAUGGUUGUAACGGGGCUGCUAAUAGCCGAAGUAAAUGUAAACACUAUGUGUCAACUGGGUUCUGGUGGUGUCUCACUGGUAUCAAUGGCCAUGAGGACUGUAGGGAGUGUGGGAGUUCAAAUUGUGUGUUGGUCAUACAUUUUUAUACACUAUGCACUUCUUGUUGCCUAUGUAGCUCGUUCUUCAGAAAUUAUGACAAAUUUUCUCGGAAUUCCCUUAUGGGAAAGUGCAACAAUAUUUUCUUUGCUGUUGGGAGGCAUAUGCUACUUUGGAAGUCAACGCUUCGUUGGUGCUGUUAAUGGGGUUCUGGUAUUUGGAAUUAUCAUAUCUUUUGCUGCUCUAGUAGCCGUCGCAAGUGGAUACCUACAAUGGGAUGUUCUUUUGAAAGCCAACUUUCAAGCUGUUCCCAUGAGUAUACCCAUAAUUGUUCUGUCGUUUGUUUACCAGAAUGUUGUGCCUGUUCUUUGUACGAAUCUUGAAGGAGACCUGUCAAAAGUAAGGACUGCAAUUGUUUUAGGCACCAGUAUACCACUUGUUUUAUUUCUAGUCUGGAAUGCCGUGAUUCUAGGAACCAUCACAACUGUUGAAAUGAGCUCAGAUAAGAUCAUGGAUCCAUUACAACAAUUGCAAUCUACGAACGAAGUUGUUGGAGUAGGUUUAUCACAAGAGUUGUUCUUGACUUUCUUUGAAGUAACAGUUAAAGAUGUACGAUCAAAGACUGGGCUUCUGUCACUUCAGAUUUCAAAGACUAUUCUUACUCCACUAUAUUCAGGGAUAUGGCUGCUGCUGUGAUGUGAAGUGUUUGUUUUGCAACUUGGUUUCUUUGGGUCUUUCUGGUGUUGCAGUCCUUUGUGUAGUUUGGCUGGUGUCUUUGUUUUUUAGUCUGUUUUUCUGUUGUUGCUCGUUUUGCUUGUGGAUUUCUUAUCCACUUGUGUGUUCCUCUUCUUUUUCUUUCAAUAAAUUUCAUUUCUAUGAAAAAAAAUUUGAUUGAAAUGAAAAUAAACAAGAGCGCUUUUCUUUUUCCUCUCUUCAUAGCUUCUUAUUAAGAGUUCAAAACCCCUGGCCGUCCAGCCCUUAUGUAGCUUCUUUCUCUUUCUUUUUUUUUCGUUUUGGCUAAAUCACAUUUUUUAUUUGGACUUGAUUUUAAGUUAAAGAAAAUUAAACAACUAAAAUUGACAAAAUUGAAAUGGCUGGGACCAAAGUGGAACAAAAAUGUAAUUCAGUUUUUUUUUUCUUCCUUUCCCUAUUGUGCAUUUUUACCUACUUCUAUCAUAAAUCCUUUUGAGAAUGGGCUUUUUCUCUCCUAAGCCGCUGUAAAUAUGUUUAUGCAUGCUUAUAUACUUAAGCCACUGUGCUUAUCUAAUUGUACAGAGAG